AAUCAUGAAUGUACUAGAUGGUAUAUAUCUUAUUUCUUCAAGAAAUAAAACUUUUAUAUGGAAUGCUGAUGAUUGGCUGAAGCUUCGACAGGAUCACAGAAUAAUCGGUGAAUUAGUGGGUUCUUAUCCAAAAUUAACUAGACAAGAAAUAUUUUUAGGUCUGCCGUUGCUUUUAUUACCAGAAGAAGUUACUCUAUUGCUUGAAAAGAAAAUUGCUUGCCUUGUAGAGUGUACAAGUCUAAAGACACAGCCAGAUGAAUCAUUAAGUCAAAGAUUUCAGGAGUACAGAGACAAACUGUUCCUAGAGCAAACAAACUGUUUGAAAGACAACAGAAAGAAACAGAUUACUUCUGUGAUGGACAAGAUUAUAGAAGGUAAAAAACGCAAGAUAUUAGGCUUGCAUACAAGCAAAAAGAAUAUGAAGAAACCAUUGGAUAAGAAAAUGCAGGAAGCCUUGGAUAAUAUUGAGAUCGAUACUGAAAGUUUGCUUGAAGAAGAAUUGGCUAAAUUGCCAAAAUUAAAAAAAAAUGAUGCACUCGUUCAAAUACAUACAGCAUAUCCAUGGUCUGACAAAGAUGAUAUAAAAAUAGUGGAAUGGAAAUAUCCGUUCACAUCUGAUCAGCAACUUAAAUAUAAGGUGUAUAAAGAUCUUUGGGAGAAGCAAUAUUAUAUCACCAGUGGAGAAAAAUUUGGUGGUGACUUUCUGGUGUAUCCAGGUGAUCCAAUAAUAUUUCAUUCACAAUAUAUCAUACAAUGUAAACACGGAGACGAAGAGAUACCUAUUAUGGAUGUUGUUGCUCAGUGCAGACUCAGUUGUCACGUUAGAAAAACAUUAGUGUUUGCUACGUAUCACGAAGACGAAGAUAUAGUAAAAUAUAAAUCUUUUCAAUGGACAGAAUGUAGCGUAUUAGAAGACAGCUGAUAUAACAUUUUAUUUAAAAAAUAUUUAUAUUUUAUUAAUAUUGUGGAUAUUUCUAUUGUUUUU